AUGGAUAGUCUUAAAAAGAAUCCGAAGGUGAAAGUUGCGAAGUGGGCUGACUUGGAGCGAAAAAUAAAUCAUUUUGCCAGUGGCAAAUUAGAAAAUUUUCUUGUAGUUGCGGAUUUCGAUUACACUCUUACGUCAACCAAAACUGCAAAUGGUCACCGAUCGGACAUAACUUACGAUGUAUUUGUGAAGGGAGCGAUAAAAAAAUCAAAGUGUUUCGAGCAUCCAUUUGAAAAUCUUAAUAAAAAAUAUGCACCUAUUGAAGCGAAUUUAUCGUUAAGUAAUGAAGUGAGAUCCUCAGCUAUGAAAAAAUGGUGGCAUGAAUCUAAUGAUCUUAUCAUUAGUGCGAAAUUCAAACAAAAUGAAAUAUUGGAUCUUGUUAAAGAAUCAACUAUGCGUUUGAGAUAUAACAUGGCUUUGUACCUUAACGAUUUAGAACAACUUAAAAUUCCGUUGAUAAUUUUCUCUGCUGGUAUUACGAAUGUCAUUGAGGCAUCACUGCUUUAUGAAUUAGGCAAAAUUCCGGAAAAUGUACAGAUUGUGUCGAAUACUAUCAAAUUUACGCUGGAGGGUGUUGGUUACAAAUUUUCAGAACCGACCAUCAAUUCAUGCUCUAAAAAUGGUACUAUGUUGCAGAAGUCUUUGGAAACACUAAAAGACUUAAGUAUUAAAAAUCGAAUCAUGCUCUUGGGUGAUUCUUUGGAAGACUUACAUAUGUUGGAUGGCUGUUCAAUAUUAGAUGCAAACGAUAGUAGUAUUUUGAAAAUCGGUUUUCUGAACGACAACAUCGAAACUUUGAUGGAUAAGUUUGUUGAAAAUUUUGAUCUGAUUAUAAUGCAAGAUGAAACUAUGGAUAUCCCAAGAGUUUUGCAUCAUAUUUUAUUUAAUAUUUAA